AUGGCAGGCGGCUUCGGCACAGGCUGCGGCAGCAUGCUGCUGGUCCUCGCUCUAGUCCUUGUCGUUCUCCCCGGCAAGGCGGCUGCCUUUGGCGCCGGUAACAUCCCGUCGAUUGCGCAGGUUGAGGGGCAUAACUGGCGACACGGAGACAUUGAGGAUGUGCUCAAGACGCUUGCCUUUCUGCACGGCAAGAAAUGGACCUCGAUGAUGGUCUCGCGCGUCUACUUUGGCAACUGGCUGAGGGACUACUCGCAGGCUGUCGACGUUGGCAGUCUGAAGGGCGUCAACGCCGCCACCAUUCGUAUUCUGGUCUGGGUGCUGUCUUUCCUGGCCAAUGGCUAUGCCACCGAGGAAUUCGAGGUCACGGAUGAGCGCCUCGGUGUCUAUCGCCCCGAGGAGCACAUUGACAACCCUAUGGGCUACGCCGACAACCUGGACGCCCGCAAGUUUGACCCGAGGCUGAGAGGCCCCGUCGACACCCGAGAGCUCGAGGUCGACCAGCGCACCGGCAUGAAGAAUUACAUCGCCAAUGAGCAAGGACCCUGGGCCACCAGCGCCGGCUACCUGCGCUUCAGCUUCGCCCGUAGCAUCCACUUCGGCCGCGUCUAUACCAGCGGCGCCAACGGAACAUCGGGCAAGGAAGCCGACCUGUGCGAGGCCCUGAGGUGCCUCGGUCAGGCUCUGCACUGCAUGGAGGACUUCAGUGCCCACAGCAACUACUGCGAACUCGCUCUCAUCGAGCUCGGUCAUCGUGAAGUCUUUCCUCACUGCGGAUCCUCUACUCAAAUCUCCCUGAAUAACAAGAGAGUCUACCCCCUUGUUACAGGAACCUUUGGUGCUGUUGACUUUUUGCAUUCGGUCCUCGGCGAGGCUACCGACCAUUUCACCCAGUCCGAGGUCGAUGAGAUGAACACGGCCCUCAAGAACGCCGAAGAGCUUAGCAAGAAUACCAGCGGUAACCUCGGUAUUUCUUCCAACCGUGGCAUCUUUGGUUCAAGCUCGGGAGGCGGUGGCACAGACAUCAUCUCUCUCCUCUCCCAGCUUCCCGGAGUUGGUGACGGAUAUGCUGCUCAGGCCAGAAAUCUCAAGGCCGCCUCGGCGGCAAAGGAGCAGGAGAACGCCAGGGCUGCCAACUCCAACAUCGUCCCGGGAAUGAGCCCUGACUUUGAUCCGGUCAAGGUGGUUGGCCAAAUAUACCCCAUCCUUGAGUUCCGCGACAAGAUUGUCAGGUCCAUUAGCAACAUGAUCGCUAGGAUACCCGGCUUGGAAAGCUUGCUUGAGAAGAUUAGCGAGACCCUGACGGCCUUCGUCUUUGGCCUCUUGGCACCCUUUGUGAGGCCUGUUAUCAACCAGGUUUCCAAGGUGUUGAAGGACGGGUCUUCGAAUGUCAUCAGUGCCAGCGCCAAAUCACAGCUGGAGCCGUGGACCAAUCCCCGUUGCGAUAAUCCCACCCACUCAAUGCUUUCCAAGGACCAUUUUACCAAUAUCCUUAACUCGUGUGCGGGCCGAGUUGCCGCGACCGUCCUCCAAUACGUUGUUCCCCGCGUUAUCUUCGCCUGGGAAAACCCCGGAGUGCCUGUGGAGGAAGUCGUAAACGAUGUCCUCCGCGCCUUCCACCACCCAGCCAUUCGUGACGAUCGUAUUCAGAUCCAGCGCGAGAUGUUUGAGACGGUGCGCAGCUGGGCCAAUGAGUCCAAAUACCGCAACGAGCUCGGCCGGGUUCUCUCGUCCGAAUCGGUCAGGGCCGGCAAGAACCACAUUCUUGCCACCGGCGCCGGUACCGGCAGCCGUUCUAUAGAGGGCGGGGGCCAUUCGUGCGACGGUGGCCACGGCAAGCCCACAGGCUCGCUCUGGUCCCAGAUCCAGACCUCUCGGGAAAUGUCAACCUCACCCGCACCCGCGCAGGCUGCGCAGCACCGCCCACUCUCUUCUGAGUACGGCGUUCAACCGCAGCCGCCGAGCGGCUACAGCGGUCAAGUCCCUCCGCAGAACUACGGCCAGGGCUAUCCAGCCCAGUAUCAGCAGCCGCAGCAAUAUAACCAGCCACCGCAGCCCGGCCCAGGCGGUUAUUACCAGCAACCCCAACAGUCCCCACCGCAGCAGUAUGGUGGUGGCGGCCCUGGAUAUGGCUCGCCGCCGCAGCCCCAGUACCAGGGUUAUCCCGGCCAGCAGCACCACCAGCAGCCCCCUCAGCAACCGCCUUGGGACCAGUAUCCCCGUUACUGA